CUCAUCCCAUACACAAUACAUUUUCCCCUUAAUCUCCUAAACAUUUCUUCUUGUGGGUGCUUUUCUUCUUUCCUUGCAACCUACAAUGGCGGUCGAUUCAGCUCUCUCAUCUCCCUUUCGCCCUCCUAAGAGCGAGAAAGACGAUAAAGCUCUUCAAUUCAUUGAAGAGAUGACAAGAAAUGCUGACUCCGUUCAGGAGAGGAUUUUGAGAGAGAUACUGAGCCGCAAUGCUGACACCGAGUACCUCGGGCGGUUCAAGCUCAACGGAGCCACUGAUAGAGAUUCAUUCAAGUCUAAAAUCCCAGUUGUGACUUAUGAGCAUCUCCAGUCCUAUAUCCAACGUAUCGCUAAUGGCGAUAAGUCUCCUAUCUUUUCCGCUCAUCCCGUCUCUGAAUUCCUCACAAGUUCUGGCACUUCGGCUGGAGAGAGGAAACUGAUGCCUACAAUUCGCGAAGAGUGGGACCGACGCCAGCUCUUGUACAGUCUUCUGAUGCCCGUGAUGAAUCUUUACAUACCGGAUUUGGACAAAGGAAAGGCUCUUUACUUUCUGUUUGUGAAAGCUGAAACCAAGACUCCGGGAGGCCUUGUAGCUCGUCCUGUCCUCACCAGCUACUACAGGAGCGAGCACUUUAAGAACAGGCCGUAUGAUCCUUACAAUGUCUACACCAGUCCGAAUGAAGCCAUUCUCUGCGUCGACUCCUUCCAGAGCAUGUAUACUCAGAUGCUCUGUGGCCUUCUAAUGCGAGAGGAGGUUCUUAGAGUUGGUGCUGUUUUUGCCUCUGGCCUGCUCAGAGCCAUCCGGUUUCUCCAACUCAACUGGAAACUUCUCGCUCAUGACAUCAACACUGGAACUUUAAAUGCCAAAAUUACUGAUGCUUCAAUCCUGGAAUGCAUGAGCAAAAUCUUGAAGCCAAAUCCGGAACUGGCAGAAUUCAUAACCAAGGAAUGCUCAGAGGAGAAUUGGGAAAGAAUCAUAACCAGGAUUUGGCCCAAUACGAAGUAUCUAGAUGUUAUUGUCACCGGAGCCAUGGCUCAAUACAUUCCUACCCUCGAGUAUUACAGCGGUGGCUUGCCAAUGGCGUGCACCAUGUAUGCUUCGUCCGAGUGUUAUUUUGGGCUUAACCUUGAGCCAAUGUGCAAGCCCUCUGAGGUCUCUUACAACAUCAUGCCAAACAUGGGUUACUUUGAGUUCCUACCGCAGGAUCCUUCCACACCAGCCCCAUCCCGUGACUCACCUCCACGCCUUGUUGAUCUCGCCGACUUGGAAGUCGGUAAAGAAUACGAGCUUGUCAUCACCACUUACGCAGGACUUUACAGGUACCGAGUCGGUGACAUCCUCCUGGUGACUGGAUUCCACAAUUCAGCUCCUCAAUUGCGCUUCAUAAGAAGAAAGAAUGUUCUAUUAAGCAUCGAAUCGGACAAAACCGAUGAAGCUGAGCUCCAAAAGGCCGUUGAAAACGCCUCCACAUUGCUGAAGGAGUUCAACACCAGCGUGGUUGAGUACACAAGCUACGCCGAUACCAAGACCAUCCCGGGGCAUUACGUGAUAUACUGGGAAUUGCUGGUCAAAGACCCAACAAAUUCCCCAACCGACGAGGUCUUGAACCGAUGUUGUUUAGCCAUGGAGGAGUCUCUAAACACAGUCUAUCGACAGAGCCGUGUUGCGGACAACUCGAUCGGACCACUGGAGAUAAGGAUAGUGAAAAACGGUACGUUUGAAGAGCUCAUGGAUUACGCAAUCUCCAGGGGCGCAUCCAUAAACCAGUACAAAGUACCCAGGUGUGUUAGCUUCACCCCUAUCAUGGAGCUGCUUGACUCCAGGGUGGUUUCCGUUCACUUCAGCCCAGCUUUGCCGCAUUGGACACCGGACCAACGUCGAUGAUGACUGCAUACCGACGUGAGAACAAUAAAAAUGGAGGAAAAUUCCAUAGCUUUUAAAAGUAUCUGGUUUUAGCUUUUAGUCAUUUUACCGUUCAGGAGUUUGCAGGUCUGGGCUUCUGUGAAAUAAUUUGGUAUGUAAUAAUGUCUGAUUUUCUGAUGUCUGUCUGUCCAUGGCAAUUUGGAAUCGUAUUCUCUCUUCUCUCCAGGAAAAGGACGUUAAAAGUGCUACCCAUGGAUAGCAAUUGUUUCAUAUCUCGGAUUUGGUGUUUACAAAGUCUGUAAAUUUGUUAACGUUCCGAAGAUUAAUGUUAAAUCCUUCUCAUUUUCAGCAUCCACAUCUGUGGGCU